ACUUGACGCAUUCGAAUGUUAGUCGCUAAACUAUCAUCACAAGGAUUUAAUCUCGUUCGUUUUCAAAAACGGACGGCGCUCCGGGUCGUCGCUUCUGCGAAAAAUACGGAGGGUGCCCGCGUGAUGCGUACAGCGGCCGUGAGGGGAGCUUCCUCAGAACAUGGUUUCGACUACGAUAUUUUCGUCAUCGGUGGGGGAUCUGGCGGAGUUCGCGCGUCGCGAAUGGCUUCAAGCGCGGGUGCAAAAGUUGGACUCUGUGAAAUGCCUUACGACCCAAUAAGUUCAGAUAGGACUGGUGGGCUCGGCGGCACUUGUGUAAUUCGAGGUUGCGUUCCGAAGAAACUAUUCGUCUUUGGAAGCGGAUUUUCUGCCGAUUUCGAAGACGCAAGUGGAUUCGGAUGGGUGUUGAGUGAACCCAAGCUAGACUGGAAGAGGCUACUCGACGCAAAAUUGAAGGAAACAGAGCGUUUAAAUGGGAUUUAUGAAAGGUUACUUGAUGGUUCAGGUGUCACAUCCUACGUAGGCGCUGGGAAAUUAUUGGACAAUCACACAGUCGAGAUAACUGGACAAGAGGGCUCAAAGGAAAGCGUGACUGCGAGAGAUAUCCUCAUCGCCACCGGGGGGAGAGCUUAUGUGCCCGACAUCCCUGGUGCAGAGCUUGGCAUAACGUCGGAUGAAGCCCUAAACUUGACCGAGCUACCGAAGAAAAUGGUGAUAGUGGGUAGUGGUUACAUUGCAGUCGAGUUUGCUGGUAUUUUCGCUGGACUUGGCGUGGAAGUCGACUUGGUUUAUCGUCAAGCCCUUCCUCUUAGAGGCUUUGACGAUGAUAUACGCAGCACAGUCUACUCUAACUUGAAAGAGAGAGGAAUUAAUCAAAUUUCUAGCUGUCAACUCGUCAGUUUGGACAAACAGUCGGAUGGUCGGUUGUUGUUAAGAACGUCUACUGAAGAAUUAGAAACGGAUGUAGUUAUCUUUGCGACAGGAAGGAUACCAAAUACAACUAGACCGAAACUUGGGCUAGAAAGUGUGGGGGUCGAACUUUCUGCAACGGGUGCCAUAAAAGUGGAUGAAUACAGUAGAACUACGGUGAGCAAUAUAUGGGCUGUUGGUGAUGUUACCGAUAGAGUCAAUUUGACACCGGUUGCGCUUAUGGAAGGGAUGGCCUUUGUAGACACAGUCGUAAGGGGUAAUCCGACUAAACCGGAUUAUGAGAAUAUACCAUGUGCAGUAUUCUCUCAACCGCCCGUUGCGACCGUCGGUUUAUCAGAAAACGAUGCGAUUAUGAGGGGGGUUCGAUGCGAUGUUUUCAUGUCUUCUUUCACUCCGAUGAAAUAUUCUCUCUCUGGGCGUAAAGAGAAAGCUCUGAUGAAACUGGUAGUUGAUUCAGUCAGUCAAAGGGUAUUAGGUGUGCACAUGGUAGGCCCCGAUGCGGCAGAAAUACUUCAAGGUUUCGCAACAGCUCUGAAAUGUGGAGCUACCAAGCAGCACUUCGAUCAGACUGUUGGUAUCCAUCCCUCUAGUGCUGAAGAGUUCGUGACAAUGCGUUCGUUGACGCGGACAGUGGGGGGCGAAUAGGAUGUAGGUAAGAAUCAUGGGCAGCGUUCUCAAGCAUCAGGCAAGUACGCACGUUAGUCACACGCGAAUUCAUCAUGAACAACCAAAGGAAAAUCAUUUGUCGCUUUGGCUCCAUAGUCAUGUAUCGGCUCUACACUCAUAUUUAGUUUUAAUACGACAAC